UUUUAGGAGUCAGUUUGAGAGCAGUCGAAAGAAGAAUGUCGGAAUUCGGUUUGAGAGUUUCAGGAACAUUCAGUAAAUUAAGUGAUGAACAACUGGACAGUAUAGUCAUGCAAGCCCAAAGGGAUAAUCCCAAUAUUGGUAUUAGAAUGCUUAAAGGGCAUCUCCAAAGCCUUGGUCAUCGCAUCCAGAGAGCUAGGAUAUGUUCAUCACUUCGGAGAACCGAUCCUACCGGAGUAAUGCAGAGAUGGAAAAAAACUAUCAAAAGACGCCAAUAUAGAGUAAGAGCCCCUCUUUCUUUGUGGCAUAUAGAUGGGAACCACAAAUUGAUUAGGUGGAGAAUAGUAAUACAUGGGGGAAUAGAUGGAUUUUCCAGAAUUCCUGUUUACUUGCAUGCUUCAAACAACAAUAAAGCGGACACUGUUCUUAUGCUUUUCGAGGAAGCAGUAAGUCACUAUGGUCUACCAUCCAGAGUACGAUCAGACAAAGGUGGAGAAAACGUAGAUGUUGCAUUGUACAUGCUGUCACAUCCUCGACGUGGUCCAGGCAGAGGAAGCAUGAUAACAGGAAAAAGCACCCACAAUCAACGCAUAG